CUGUGACACUCCCACAGCAGGACUGAUUCAGCAUGCAUUUUUAACGGCUACUCGAGUUACUGAACAGAAACCCUGUCUUGGAUUCAAGUUUCACUCCUGCAGCAGGAGUUCUAAGCAUGGAAUAUUGCAGCAUCCACCGGGUCUCCCUGUGCAACAGGCUUCCCAGCACUCCAAAUUCCUCUUUCCUCCUGCGGACCUUUGGGCAGCUGAAACUGUCAAUCAGUGCAGAGGAUGGGGUUAUUGUUCUUCAUAUCAUGGAAGCCAAAGGGCUGAUGGGUAAAGAAUACAGGACUUGUGAUUCUUACGUUAAGAUGGCUCUUGUACCUGAUACUGACCACAGCAGUCGUCAAAAGACAAAGACUGUUCCAGACUGCAGAAUCCCAGUGUUCCACAAGCUCUUCAGAUUUUCAGUAAAAAACGAAGACUAUCAGAAAAGGCUUCUGGUUACAGUAUGGAAUCGCGACAGAAGCUCCAGGAAAAGUGAGCUGCUGGGAUGCAUGAGCUUUGGGAUUCGUUCUUUAAUUGCACAUGAAAAGGAAGUCGUUGGGUGGUACUAUCUCCUGGGAGAAGAGCUGGGAAGGACAAAGCAUUUGAAAGUGUCUGCACGGCAUCGGAAGCAGCGUCAGGAAGCUCAAAACUAUGUGGCACACACAGAGAGGAGAAGCCCUCAGAAUAUGGACAGCUUAACGGUCACAAUCCUUCGAGGAAAGGAUGGCUACGGAUUCACCAUCUGCUGUGACUCUCCAGUUAGAGUACAGGCAGUAGACCCAGGAGGUCCAGCCGACCAGGCAGGGUUACAGCAGUUAGAUAUUGUAUUACAGCUGAAUGGACAACCAGUGGAGCAGUGGAAGUGUAUAGAGCUCGCUCACACUAUAAGAAACAGCCACAGUGAGAUCACUGUUUCAGUGUGGAGGACGGUUCCUCAGAUCAAGCCAGGUUUUGAAAGCCUGAUCCGGCUGUCGGACAACUACAGCCCUCUGUCUCCACCCUGCAAGAGGGAGAAGAACUACAGCAGCAAGCCAGUCCCCUCAGAGCAGAGGCAGAGCUGCCACAUACUGUACAAUGGGACUGACUACAGCAGCCAUCCAGUCCCCUCAGAGCAGAGGCAGAGCUGCCACAUACUGUACCAUGGAACUGACCAAGGCUCUCGUAACGGCUGGGCCCAGCAGGAGCAGGGAGAGAGUAAAACAGCCCACACUGUGCAGGGCCCCCGCUUGGCUGCUUCAGGAGACCAGAACUACAUCCUGCUCGCCCCAAUAAACCCAGGCAGCCAGAUCCUGCGGCCUGUGUUCCAGGAGAAUUGUGGUACUCUUGGAAGGGUUUAUAGAGGGCGUGUUCAUGGCGGAUUGCAACGAAAAUCGACCCUUAUUGGAUCUACUACAAACAUGUCAAAAACACCUGUCCACGCUCUGAAGAACUACACAGAUUAUCAGAACUGCACCAUAGUUAGAUCUCAUGUUCCUCACACCAGCUAUGGGACAUAUGUGACACUGGCACCAAAGGUUUUAAUCUUCCCAGUCUCUGUACAGCCUCUGGAUCUGUGUAAUCCUACAAGGUCUCUUGUCUUAUCUGAAGAGAUGAUUUUGCAUGAAAGCAACCAUCAGUCUAUCAAGGUGACUGUUUUCAUCUACACUGAUCUGAUGCUGCUCACCAGAGAAGAUGAGCUGGGCCGGUGCAAUGUGCUGCAGAACCCUCUCUUCCUUCAGCACCUGAAGCUGCAGGAGGAUUCCUCCGAGGGUCUGAAGUUUUACCUCAUCCACAUCACAGAGAAGUCGGAUUGCUUAUUAAGUUUGGAAUCUUAUUCGGAAAAGCAGAAGAGGAGGGUUUGCCAGUGCCUGAAGGAAAGCAUUGAAAAGCAGCACCAGGAGAGAGAACCACCUGCUACAGAGGACAAGAUGCUCAAGCCAAAGACAAAUGAACAUGGAGAGAUGGCCUCUGAGGAGGAGAGGGUGUCCGGGAGCAUUGCAGAAGCUCUGGCAAGCAGGAAACUGGACGGUGAGAAUACACCAGAAGAGGAGAAAAGCUCUUCAACAGCUCCGACUCCAGCAACCACUCCCACAGAGGACAGCAAGAGCAUGGAGGAGGACUCUGAGAGCUGCAGGGGUGACCAAGAGGACAACUUGAGGGGGGGUGGUGAGGACGGGGGUGCGAGGGGAGGCGGUGAGGACGGGGGUGCGGGGGGGGGUGGUGAGGAUGGGGUUGCAAGGGGGGGCGGUGAGGACGGGGGGCGCUCGAGGGGGGGCGGUGAGGACGGGGGUGCGAGGGGGAACGGUGAGGAUGGGGGUGCAAAGGGUGGAGAUGGAAAUGACGGCGAUGAGAGGGGGGAGCAGCUGGAAACAGCCAGGGCCACGUUCGUCAUCCCUGAGGUACGUCUCGACUGGACCUUCAGCCAGAGUGCAGACGCGCUGUCGGCAUUGCAGGAUGGAGUGACAGAUGAGGACGAAGAGGAGGAGGAAGACGAUGAAAAUGAGGGGGAUGAGGACAGUGAUGAGAACUAUCUGGAGCGCAGCGACAGCAAGCGCCACAGCAUGAUCGAGUCCUCGGCCUGCGAGAAGCACUGCACCCUGAGCACUCAGAGCUCUCUGCAGCGCCGCACCCACAGUGAGGGCAGCCUGCUGCAGGAGCCCAAGGCGCAGUGCUUCACCUCGGACAACGCACUGCACUGCCUGGAGCACGAGAACAGCAAGUCUGGCUGGCUCAUCCCCUCCCCAAGGACACUGAAGAAGGAGCUAGCUAAGGAUGGGGGCUCUAUGCAUCAGCUGUACCUGCUCUUCUCCAGACGAAAGUUUCCACGCAAUCCACCUGCACUCUGCUACAGGGCCCUGUCUGCUGGCCUCAGGACAGAGGGAUGA